UACUUAACCGUCAAAACUUUUCAUAAUUUAUAGAACAUAUAUAAAUUUGAAGUAACCGAAAAUGAGCGGUCUCGAUAUUUUCAAUAAUUCCAAGGCUGUCCAUGAGAAGGUCGAUCGUCAUAUUAACACACAGGGGCAUUGCAUGGAAAAUGACGUCUAUAAUUUCUUGCUUAGACGACAUAUACAUAGAUAUCCUGAAGAUGGUAGCCAUAAGAUGUGGUUGCUUCCGCAGCUUAUAAUCCUAUUUUCAACUGGAGAUAUAAACCAGGUAACUAAAGCUAUUGUGAAGGAUAUGAUGCACCCGAUUGGGAGUGGUCUGGUCGCCAGCGUUCUUGUGGAAGAAUCGAUACGUGAGGAGGUGAUACAAAAAAUUAGUGCUAAUCUAAAACCAAUGGAUGAACGCCUACACCAACAUCCAAAUUACUUGAAAUCGCUCAAGCUAAUAGACCGGAUGAACGUUGCAACCAUACACAUAGAGGAGUACGAGGAAGAGGACACGGAAAAGCGGUAUGGCCACAUAAAGCCUGGUUCCCCCGUAGUGGUACUGGAUUUCCCGCAACACUAUUUCGGCGACAAGCCGACAGCUGUAAUAACUAUGAGUACCUUUCGAAACUUCAAUGAAAUAGUCAAACUGUACAAUCGGGAAGGUUUGAGUUUCGAUUCGGUGUCUGUGUGGUCAGCUAAGUUGGCACAGUGCUUCGAGCUCGUGACUAGGCUGCCGCUGGCCCCUCACUGGACUUUUAAUAGUAUGAAUGUGCCGGUUGAUUUCCUGACGCAAACUCCUCAAUCAAACGCAACAGUUAGCGUCACACAAAACAUGCACUACGAGCUGCAUGCCAUUAAUGGAAAAUAUAAAACAAUUGCUUUUCCCCUCUGCCAUGAUCUUCAAUAUUAAUAUUUUUACAUUGGCCGUGUAAAACGGUGACACAAAUUUUGUAUUGGGUUGUUAUAAAAUAAAAAUUAGUUUUAA